UACAGGCGGCUCGCAGCAGAAGGAGAAGAAGAAGAAGAAGAAGAAGAAGAAGAAGAACGAGAAGAACGAGAAGAACGAGAAGAACGAGGCUCUCCUCCAGAACAUGGUGUGUUUCCUCAGGAUGGAGGUCUGGACGUCUGUGCUGCUGCUGCUGGCCGCCCUGCUCCCCCCCUCAGAGGCGGUAGGGCUGCAAGACCCGAAGCUGUGCUACAUCCUGGACGGCUUCCUCGGCCUGUACGGUCUCAUUAUCACCGGCAUGUUCAUCAAGGAGAAGUUCUUCAAAAGCAAAGUGAAAGCAUCGGAGGAUCAAAAUCUCUACAGCGACCUGAAGGGUCAGGACUCUGGAGGUUACGCCCCCCUGCGGAGAGGAGACCCCGAGAGAGGAAGAAACCAUGGAGCAGACGACACGUACACGGACCUGAACAGACGUCCAGAAGGAGAAUAUAAAGAGCUUCCUGUGAAGAGAGAGCGUCAGAGAAAGAAUGAUCAGGUUUACCAGGGUCUGAGUUCGGCCUCCAGAGACACGUAUGACUCCCUUCAGAUGCAGGCGCUGCCUUCACGCUAAAAUAUAAAAAUGAUUGUAGUUUCACGACGACGAUCAGAGUGUCCAUCUUUAAUUUACAGAUUUCAAACUAAAAUCUGUAUUUUUAAUAGUUUUAGGAUAAUUUUUAAAAAUGUAGUCGAUGGACCUCAGCAUUUAUAAUGAUAAAUAAAUAUUAAGGGGUUUGACUUUUAUCUAUUAGUUAAUCCAAAAUGCUUUCCUUAAUUGUCCUUUUUAACGAAAUUGAAUGUUAAUCUGUAAAAUUAAUCUCUUUUAAAACGUCUGCAGAAAACCGUUAACUUUCAAAGUAAAAGAACGAGAAAUUUUUUAUACGAUUAUAAAUCUUUCCAAAGUUUUCACGUUUUAUAAAAUAACUUUUCUAUUUUACAGAAUAUGAAUUUUAACAGCAGUUAGUUUCUUACAUUAUCCGUCUCCUACAUGUUGAAAGCUUUUUAUGUAAAAUAACAAAUACAGUGUUAAAAUAUUUACUUCUGAAACUAGCGGAGAUUUAAAAUACUUUUAUGAAUUAUUAUCAACUUUAAAAAUGUUUAAAAACUCUGAAGUUGAGUCGAGAGAAAGAGAAACUUUCCGCUGUUUUAUAUUUAUAAAGAUGUUUUAUCUAAUUAUCUUUUACUUUUUUUAAUGUGUCAUUUAGUUUUUGUAAAGUCUGGAUUUGCAUGGAGCUCCAAAGAGUUUGAUAUUAAAAUAAUAAAUAAGACAUCAUUAGAUAAAUAAUCAUACGAAUAAAUACAAAUAUAAAAUUAUUUUCAUUUAAUACGUUUUUUUAAAAUAAUAAAAUGUCCCUUUUAUUCCUCAAUAUAUAUUAUACAUUUAUAUUUGAUCUGUCAAUCAAAACAAAAGGGCGGGGCCAGUGAUGUGAUUGGCUCUUUCUUGUCAUGGACAGCCAAUCACAUCACUGGCUCUGAAUUAAAUAAAAUAAGAUAUUUUGAAUAAUAAAUAAAACGUGUUGGAUUAUUUCCCAAUUUAACGAUUAAAUAAUACAUUUUAUGUGCUUUAUUUAUUGAAUAUUGGACUCUUUGGGCCUCCAUACUUUAGACAAUAAAAAAAGACAUAUCGCAGUUUUAAGAUUUUAUUGUAAAAUUUAAGAAAUAUUCAGUGUAGCUUUAAGUGUUUUGCCUUCAAAAGUAAUUUUACUGUUUUAUUUUGCUGUCGACGUGGUUUUGACGCUUUUAUACUGCAAUAUUUUAACCACGUAGUUAUUGUGAAAGCAUAAACAUUUAAAUAAUUAGUGAUUUGUUUUUCCUGAUAUUUUCCUGAGAAUGUGUUUUGAAUGUGGAUAUUUAGCUUUGAAGUUAUUGUUCAUGUUUUCUCUGUAAAAGCUUCUCUGAGUUUAUUUCUGAUAUUAAAAUGCUUCAUAAAGAUGAUAAAGAAA